UCAAGCCUGGAUUCGGUGUCAGCUGUGUAAAUGGAGUCUUUCACAAUAAUAAAUCAUUAACCUUUUAGUCAGCAAGCAUGCUGUCCCCUCAACGCACCGAAAGUGAACUCCUGCCAAAUCAGAAGCAAAAUAGUACCGCUAAUAUCAAUGAAAUGCCUUUUACAGCCUAUAACAUUUUGAUGAGCUGCGCGGCAGGGAAGUUGGAGUGCAUCCUGCUCUCGGGCUAGAUAACAUUCGCACUUCCCACUGCUGAAUGAGAAGGUGGGAAAUCAAGUGGUGAGAAGACAAAAAGGACACACAGCUCCUCCACAGUGGACGCAGGGCGAUUUUCACCUGGCACAUUUCUUAAUGGAACAAAUGAGGAUUCAUCGGGAGCGGCCGAGCAGGGCAUGGCUUUAAGCAGACUCCUGCUGCUCUGUAUGGUAGCCUCUAAGUUGUGGGAUGCUGAGACCAAACCCAUAGAAUUUGUGUGUGAUAAAAGUGCCAGGAGGGCUAUGAAUAUUGUGGCAGAGCUGCAGAGUGCACUGAAUGACUGUGAUGGCUUGACGACCCUCUCCACACUGGUUCAGCUCCCUUGUACCGAACUUCAUGUAGCAUCCUGGGGAAACAAAUCACACCAGGAGAAGAGAGGAGACAUAGUUGCAUCCUUGAGGCUUCUUAUUGAAGGUGUGAAGGUUGUGAGGGCCCCAGGCCAGCCAGCAUGUGCAACUUCGCUACUGCAGAGAUUGGAGAACAACAUCAACAACUACCUGCUCAUUCUCACACACCUUCAGCUAAGUCAGGGACCAGCAGUGAGUCCAGCACUAUCUUGUGUUCCCCAAAGCACCUUGAGUCUGAGCAUGGUCCUGUUGAACUACAACCAGCUGAUCUCAGGCAAACUGGAGCGGUUUGUGGUGAACCUGGAAGACAGAUGUAUUUCCCAGUGACACAAGAACAACUUCAGUGGACUUAAGUUUCUUCACAAACUGAGGAAUGAGUUCAGAUGGAGAAUAACAAUCCACUGGAGCACAACAGCUGGAGAGAUUUGGAUAUUCUCCUCACCUUGUUGCCUUUUCAAGUUUCAAAUUUGUGAAAAGUUUGCUUUCGUAUAGUGUGACUUUUUAAUAGUAAAAGGAAGACACACACUCUUCUCUUUUGGUCAUUAAGAGGAAGUACAGCAGGAGGAAAGGGAAAUGAAGGACAGCAACAUGUGGAAGAUGAUGAGCAUCAAAGACGAAUGAAUGUAUGACAGGAUUGCAGUUUUUUUGUUUUAUGUUACAUAAAUCGCCUUAAAUUGAAAUGUCAUUGUAGGCCCAUAGAAUCAAUACAAGCCAACAAAAACAAUUCAUGUUUUUAUGCAACUUUUUUGCUCCUUACUCAGUGGUGCAAAGGUCUUGCAAAGUGGAUAGGAAUUUACAUCCCAGUGCAAAAACGGUUUUAUUUUCAUUCUUGUUUUUGUAUAAAUACUGCUAUACAGUCCUUGCGCAUUAGCUGAAUUUUAAAAAAGACACUUAGGGACUGUAAUUAAUUUAUCAGAGUACAGAGGUGUAUGGGGUGUGACUUCAGGGUUGUAUAUCAUGACCCUCCUUAGAGCUACAAAUAUUUUUCCUUGAGCCUCCCUGAGUGUCUGGGGGAAAAUAUAUCACUCCCCCUCCACCAUAAAAUACCCACAUUUCACCAUUUGUGGCUAUAAUAAAUGGUGUGAUUUUUUUUUAAAAGAUUUUGAAAAGAGACAUGCUUUUAAAAUCCACGUGUGGAUUUGUAGGUUCUGAGUUCUUUAAAUUAAAAACAUAAUACAACCAUUUAAAGUCAAAUUCCCCUCCUCUGAGCCAAAUCAAAAAACACAACUCCCUCCCCAGUGCUUAUAAUUAAAGUGCGCGGCCCAUUUUGUACCACCUCCCUCGCUCUGAUAAAUAACAAGCAGUCCCUUAGUAAAGAAUACUGUAGGCUGGAAAUCAUGGUGAAACAUUUUGGUAUGAAUUUAGUAACCAAAUAUAGUUUAUUCUCAAUGCACUUUUAGAUAUUUUCUUUGUUUACACUGUACAUUACAAAGAUUUGCUGUAGAUGUGUGCUUGUGUCUAUGCAUUGUUUUUCCAUUUCAGGAAAUCCACUUUAGAUGUAUUGGUGAAUUUCUUCAUGUAAAUAAAUAACCAGAGUUCGCAUUUAAGAGGACAUUUUUGCUACACUAUGUAUUGAAAUAUAAUGCUGUUUAUAAUACAAAACCUUGGCAAUAUGAUAAGCAAUAAACCUGAUUUCAUACA